GCCUUGGCAGGACCCAUGGCGGAUCUCUCGCCUGCGCCGGCCCUGCGGGAAGGCGGCCCCCGUGCGCACCGGCCCUCGGCGCCCUCCCCUCCGCCGCGCUCUCGCACGGAGCCGGAGGACGCGGAGCUGUCGCUGAGCCUGGCCCGCACCAAGACCCGCUCGUACGGCAGCACGGCCAGCGUGCGGGCGCCGCUGGGCGCCGGCGUCAUCGAGCGCCUUGUGGAGCACCGGGUCCGCGCCGGAGACACGCUGCAGGGCAUCGCGCUCAAGUACGGAGUCUCGAUGGAACAGAUUAAAAGGGCCAAUAAGCUGUUUACCAAUGACUGUAUAUUUCUGAAGAAGACUUUGAGCAUCCCAAUUCUAUCAGAGAAGCCGCUGGUGUUUAAUGGACUUAACUCCAUUGAUUCUCCAGAAAAGGAAACUGUUGACAGCAGUUUUUGUCAUGAAGAGCCUGUGGUGGCUGAGGAAGAAAUGCCCCCUUCAAGUCCUCAGGACCCGGACCCCAAGCCUGCACAGCCUGAGGAAGUAUCUGCUAGGGACUUCCUGCAAAGACUUGACUUACAGAUUAAGCUCUCAACACAGGCAGCCAGGAAACUCAAAGAAGAGAACAGGGAUGAAGAGAGCCCCUAUGCAACUUCCCUUUAUCAUAGUUAGUGACUGGCCGACGGGGUCAUCACUCUAACCCAGAUCACGAGAUGGCUGGACCCUAAAGAACCCACUGGCUCAGGGUCCAGAAGCAAUGCUGACUUCUGGACUCCCAUAGCGCGCAUCUCCGAGCCACAGUUAUGUAGACCAAAUGCAGCUGCACUGAAGUGACCAGUUCCUCUGGCUUCCUGUAGUUAAGUUUUAUUAUAGCAUGGUAGCAAAAUUGUACUUAUUCUAAAGCCUAUCAUUUUUGUAGAUGGUGGUAGUUUUAGACCGGCUUUUGUAGCUACAAAAAGCAUUAAAGACUAUUUCUAUAUUUAAGCCAAAAAGCAAUGUCUAUUUCCUGAUGAGAUCUUAAAUGUAUGAAAAAGAUGAUGGCCGUAAAGUGAUUAUGCGUUUGCUGUGUGUUUAUAUCUCAAGUGCUAUAGUAUAUAUUUCAAUAUUACAUAUUCUGUACU